GUGACCCGGAAACUGCCACACAGCAGCUGCUACCAUGGCCUUCGUGAACCCGCUGGAGAAGCUGCAGGAGGAGGCAAUUUGCUCCAUCUGCCUGGAGUACAUGAGUGACCCCGUGAGCAUAGACUGUGGGCACAACUUCUGCAGGGUAUGCAUCACCACCUACUGCCAGGACAAGGGGCUCGGGGCCAGAGGGCCCGUGUCCUGUCCUCAGUGCCGGGCGGCCUUUUGCAAGAGCAACGUCAGGCCCAACAGACAGCUGGCCAAUAUCGUGGAGACCAUCAAGCAGCUGGGGCUGCCGCCGGCCAAGAGGCAGCCAGAGGCGCUCUGCAGGAAACAUGAGGAGAAGCUCAAGCUCUUCUGUGAAGAGGACGGGGAGGCCAUUUGUGUGGUGUGUCGCGAGUCCCUGGAACACCGGCCUCACACUGUCUACCCCAUUGAGGAGGCGGCCCAGAUGUACAAGAUCAAACUCCAGAAAUCCCUGGAACGGUUGUUGAAAGAGGUGGAUGAAAUUAAGAAACAUGAAAUGGUGGAGAGGACAAAAACCCAGGAAUGCAAGGAGAUAGUUAAAAAAAAGAGGGAGAGGAUUGUGAUUGAAUUUGGGAAGCUGCACCAGCUGCUGGCUGAGGAGGAGAAGCUGCUUCUUCAGAAGCUGGAACAGGAAGAGAUGAUAAUCCUGCAGAGAAUCAACAAAAACCUAACCAGACUUUUAGAGCUGAGAUCCUCUCUGGACAAGCUGAUCCUGGAGAUAAGGGAGAAGUUCCAGCAGUCAGCAGACGGGUUGCUCAAGGACACGAAAAGCACCUUGAGCAGGUGUGAAGCUGUGACAUUUCAGGCUCCAGAGGCUUGCUCCGUGGCACUGAAAGAGAAUUACAGCAUCCCAGAGCACUGUCUGGGCAUGAGGAACAUGCUGAAGAAAUUCAAAGAGGACGUGACGCUGGAUCCAGAGACGGCGCACCUCGAACUCAUCCUGUCCGACGACCGGAAGAGCGUGAGACGGGGCGGCAAGAAACUGAGCCUGUCUCUGUUUGACAACCCCAAGAGAUUUAACACCUCCCCACUGGUCCUGGGGGUUCAGGCCUUCAGCACAGGGAGGCGCUACUGGGAAGUGCAGGUGGGAGACAAGACGGAGUGGGGCCUGGGGCUUUGCAGGGAGUCUGCCAGCAGGAAGGGGACUGUUGUCCUGUCCCCUCAAAAUGGCUACUGGGUGCUGCGGUUGCAGAGCGGAGGUAAAUACGAGGCCCUCACCUCCCCUCUGACCUCACUUCACCUGAGUGUGAGACCCAGGCGGGUUGGGAUUUUCCUGGACUACGAGGCUGGAGACAUCACAUUUUACAAUGUGACCGAUCGAGACCACAUCUACACAUUCACCGACCAGUUCUCUGGGCCUCUCCGGCCUCUCUUCUUUCCUGGUGCCUCCGCGGGUGGCAAAAAUGCCGAGCCGCUGGUGAUCUCCUGGGUAAGGGACACAGAAGGGAGUGGGUGCAUCCUUCUGUAACUGUCUGUCUGCAGGAGGUUUUUUUCAUAGACUCUAGGACUAGAAGGGACCUCGAGAGGUCAUCGAGUCCAGUCCCCUGCCCUCAUGGCAGGAC